UAUGGUACCGUCUUUAUAAUUUUCUCAUAAGUAAAGAAUGGAGUAAUCGAAAGGGUUUCUUGAUACGACGCCGCAGUGCCUGUCGUCCAACUCAAUUGGCUUGUUGCCCAAGAAGUGUGUAUAUUUUGCUGAGGCAUUUCUUUUCUAAAAUCAUAUAAAUAGGUUGGAGGGAAAAGUUUUCUUAAGCGAUACGCACAGAUCGGAAGGAAGUGAAAUCACUCAAAUCCCAAAUUGUUGAAUAGCUUUAUAGUAAGAGAUAAUGGCUAGAUACGACAGAGCGAUCACAGUAUUCUCACCGGACGGCCACUUAUUCCAAGUGGAGUACGCCAUGGAAGCCGUACGCAAAGGUAACGCUGCAGUUGGUGUACGUGGCACUGACACUGUUGUACUUGGUGUUGAGAAGAAGUCUACUCCUAAGCUUCAAGACUCCAGGUCAGUGAGAAAGAUAGUAAAUCUAGAUGAUCACAUUGCAUUGGCCUGUGCUGGGCUGAAAGCAGAUGCACGGGUCCUUGUGAAUAAGGCACGCAUUGAGUGUCAGAGUCAUAAACUUACGGUUGAAGAUCCUGUUACCGUUGAGUAUAUAACUCGUUACAUUGCUGGUCUUCAGCAAAAGUACACUCAAAGUGGUGGGGUAAGGCCAUUUGGUCUAUCCACCUUGAUCAUUGGUUUUGACCCACACACAGGUGUCCCCUCACUUUAUCAAACAGAUCCAUCGGGUACAUUCUCAGCUUGGAAAGCCAAUGCGACUGGUAGAAACUCCAACUCUAUUCGGGAGUUCUUGGAGAAGAAUUACAAAGAAACAUCUGGCCAGGAAACUGUGAAACUAGCAAUUCGUGCUUUGCUUGAAGUUGUUGAGAGUGGUGGAAAAAACAUUGAAGUUGCACUGAUGACAAAAGAGCAUGGGCUUAGGCAACUUGAGGAAGCUGAAAUUGAUGCCGUUGUUGCUGAGAUCGAAGCAGAGAAAGCAGCUGCAGAAGCAGCUAAAAAGGCCCAGCCGAAAGAAACCUAGUUCUGCUGAAAUUCAUCCUUAACUUUACCUGAAUCUAUCUUUUUUCUAUUUUGGAUCCAGUAAAGUGCAGUGUUCCUUGAAUUUUAACAUUUUGGUCUGACUAAUACUUGGUGCUUCAAAGACUGUUCUGCUUGUCGGACAAGACCUUUGUUAAAAUGGUUUUAUGGGCCAAAAGAAGUCACGCUCCCGCGAUCUCUGCCCUAUUUGAGUGUUGCUUAAUAUUUUAAAAGUUUUAUCAUGUUAUUUGGUAGUUCUUCUAGUUUGGAAAUUUGGUUGUGAAAUAACAGCGUUGUUUGUGUUCUUUCCUCAA